AUUUCCAAACAGUGUGUUUGCCCAAUCUGUUGCAAGAACGCAUCAAGAUAAACAAAAAUCGAGCAAGAAAAAAAUUCAUAAACAACAUCAUACGUCUUUCCAAAGCUGGAACGUUUCUUCGUCGAGUGUUUCGUCGAUGUCAUGCCCAAGCUCAUGUACGAGGGAUAACAAUUGUGAAAAGAAUAUCAGAACCGAACUAAAGAAAAUUAAAAAGGAAGGCAUAUGGCCUGAAGGAUGCUCAAAAUCAGCUCUUCAUCAUAGUGGCAUAAAAUUAAAGCUUAAACGAAACAAUAAUGAAUGUGACAUGAAGUCAAAAGUGGACAUUCAGAAUGGGCAUAAACGUAAGAGGAAGAAGAAAAAGAAAUAUAUUGAAGCAUCGCCUUCCAAAUACAUUACAAUUAAAACAUCUCCCAAUGGUGGUGCAUCUGUUGUUCACAUGAAUUAUAAUGAUGUAAAGAAUUUAAAACCAGAGUAUUUAGAGAAAGUUGUAGAUGAGUUCUUUCAAGUUGUUUUUGAAGAAAAGGAGGAAGGAGAAGCGACACAUGUUUUGGGUGUGGUUCACGAUGCUGCAAGGGAUAUUCCUGAACUUUUAAGAUACUUCAGUGAGAAGUAUCCAAAGCAAACUGUAAAAACUGAACUUCUAGGAAAGAAGAAAGACAUAGACACCACAUGUUUUAUUGAUUACUAUAACAAAGUGCAAGAAUCCUAUCAAAGUGGGACAUAUCGAUGCGGUGGUUUACUACAGUUCAGUCUUGUUGGUACGCGACAAGAGGAAACUGGUGGUUAUUUCCCAGACCUCUUAGAUUUUCUUGACAAGUGUCCAUUUCUCAAGCCUGUCAUGCCGUGGGGGAAGUUUUCUUUGCUAAAGAUGGAUGAUCCAAAGCAGAGUAAUGAUGGUCCAAUAUUCUGGGUUCGUCCUGGAGAGCAGAUGGUGCCAGCUACAGAAAGAUCUAGUUCCCCAUACAAAAGAAGAAGGGUAUCUGUGAAUGAAGUUCAAAACUUGCAGUUUCUUCCCCGUUCAUCCGCUCCAAGAGAGUCUCUCGCAGAAGACAGAACCCGAUGCCAUGCUGAUCACGUGGGUCAGGGUAUUGAUCGUAUGACGACAGCAGCUGUUGCAAUUCUUAAAGCUGUACAAAGCUCUGAUGACAAUGACAAUGACAAAGUGAAUCGUGAAGUGAAAGAUGUGGUAGCAUUUCACGCUGGAGAUUUUGUCAAAGUUUCACAGAUCCUUCAGUUGGAUUUACACGAGCCUCCGGUUUCACAGUGCGUGGCUUGGGUGGACGAAGCGAAGCUGAAUCAGCUGAGAAGGGAGGGAGUUAGGUAUUCCAGAAUUCGACUUCACGAUAACGAUAUUUAUUUUAUUCCUCGUAAUGUUAUUCAUCAAUUUCAAACCGUCUCGGCCUGUGGUAGCAUCGCUUGGCAUCUCAGACACAGAAUGUAUUAUAACCAAGAUAACUCAAAAGAAAUUUGAACUGGCUUUGCUAUAGUG